UCCUUUAUCUGGCGGGAUUGAAGCUGUUGCAUGUCAUAAAACUAUUACCGUAUUUGUUUAUGCCGAGUGUUGCAAGAGUGAGACCUCUUUAAGUGAGAAAAAAAUUCUGUCUCCUGGACUCUCGCUUAUCCAGGUUUGACUGUAUAUGUAUACAUUUUCACUCCAGAGCGACUGAUUGGAGUGUUAUGUUUCAUUCUGUCAGUGCACUUUCUACCAUUUCUAUACCUAUAUGUUUCGAGUGCCAUUUAGGAGAAUAAGGGCGUAGACCUGACAGACAUUCAGCAGUGAUAUCUUUUUUAUAAGCGGAUAGACUAGCGAAAUAAGUCACUAUCGAUAGUGAAAAGGGGUGCAUUUGAAAAGUCAUGCAAGGGAUAUGAUCCACUAUUCCCAAAAUCCCUGCGAAGAUACUGAAAGUCCCUAGAAGGUGUUUAGUGCUGUUCGGUAUCUGGUUACGAUAAGCUGUAUAGUAUUUAUCGAAGCGCUACAAUAUGCCUCCCUUGAACAGCUUUGGCGUAAACGGUAACCCGGGAGAUAUUAUCUGCUCGCUAACUCAAUCGCAGAUGGCCAUUAAUGAAACCGCAGGUGGCCCCAGUGCCAAAUCACCCAUUUACAGCUGCUCGCAUUACGCACCAAAGGUAUUGUUGAAUCUCAACGCGCUGCGGCAAAAUUCACGAUUUUGUGAUGUCGAAAUUGUGGUCGGAGGCACCGUGAUCCAGGCCCACCGGGCAGUACUAAGUGCCGCAUCGGCCUACUUUGAAGCCAUGUUUCGUCCGGAAUUAGGGCUUAGUGAAGGCAAACAGAAAUCUGUUACGCUUCAUUCGAUUCGGCCGGAUAUACUAAAGCUGUUGAUUGAUUUUGUCUACACCGGGACGGUAGAAAUAAAGCAGAACAAUGUUCAGGAACUGCUUGCCGCGGCAGAUAUGAUACAGUUGCCGGAGGUAGUCGAUGGAUGUUGCGAGUACCUUUGUCGUGAGCUUCAUUCCUCAAACGCACUUGGAAUUUUGAGAUUUGCCGAAGCGCACAAUUGUCGCCAGUUGGCGGAUGCAGCUGCCACUUAUGUGUACACCAAUUUUCCGAAAGUAGCCCUAGAAGACGAGCUGUUAGAUAUACCGUAUCAAAUGCUUAUGAAGGUUAUUUCAUCGGAAUCUCUGCGGGUAGAUAGCGAGUAUCAAGUUUUCAAAGCUGCAUUAAGAUGGAUCAAACACGAUGUUGUUCCCCGCCGACGGUAUGUAUUCGAAAUUUUGUCUCACGUGCGGCUAGCACUCGUACCUGUGGGCCUCAUUGAUCAGGCCAUCGCCGAGUGUCGAGAUGUUUCCCUGAAAAUUGCACUCCGAUCUGUUCGUAAAGAUCUCACAUCAAAGCGUGGCCAAUUAGUCCCACUGCGUGUUUGUCCAAGAGUUUGCGCCAAAAAAAGUAUUUACAUCAUCGGAGGAUCCCGACGAGAACAGUCCGCAGGCUGGACUCCAGCUGAUUGCAUAUUUGAGAGCGUAAUAAAGUAUGAUAUCUUCCGACGUGAGUGGAUCGAAUCAGCACCGAUGCAAAUUGGUCGCAUAUUACCCGGUGUUGCAACGCUUGGUGGAAAAAUUUUUGUGAUUGGAGGUGAACGUGGUAGUCAAAUUCUUGCAAAUGGAGAAGUAUAUGACACUCAGAACAAUAACUGGGAACCGAUGGCUCCUAUGGUAGUACCACGUUGCGAAUUUGGACUUUGUGCCCUUGGUGGAACAUUGUAUGCUAUGGGAGGGUGGAUUGGAGAAGAUAUUGGUGGUUCAAUCGAAUGUUAUGAUCCAAUGAAAAACCAAUGGAGAAUGGUAGGAGAUUUACCAGAACCUCGUUUUAGCAUGGGUGUUGUUAGUUUUGAAGGAUUAAUAUACAUUGUUGGAGGCUGCACAACUUCAAGUAGACAUUUACCAGAUUUGAUAAGCUACAAUCCUGUAACGCAUGAAUGGAACUCGCUUGCUCGCAUGCAAACGGCACGUUGUCAGAUGGGUGUUGCUAUAUUGGAUCGCUUUCUUUAUGUAGUCGGGGGAAAUAGUAGUCAACAGGAGGUCCUAUUCACAGUUGAACGCUACUCGUUCGAUGAAAAUAAAUGGUCAAUGGUAGCGCCUAUGUCAGUGAGUCGUGCUAGUCCUGCGGUUGCCGCUGCAGAUGGACUAUUAUAUGUGGCUGGAGGUGACCAGCCUUGUGAAAUAAAUUUCUAUCGCGCCCAGGUGACCAUUUCUUCCUUUGAAUGUUACGAUCCAAUGAACGAUCAGUGGAAGGUUUGUCCAGAUCUCCCGACGAGUAGAUCUGAAGCAGGUGCAGUUGUAGUUUAAAAAUUUUCCUUAUUGUUAUUUUUUAUCAUUUGACGCGCACAUUUUUUUUGCUAUUAUUAUUACCACAAAUUAUCUAGUCUAGUUUUAUAAAUCGGGAAUGCAUAAAAUAUUACUUCUGUAUUGGUUAAACAUAACAAUUAAGGAGUAACUUUGUCAUAAAUCGAUUUAUUUAAACCAAAGAUUAAAGGAUCAAGUAAAUAAUGUGAUUUGACGAUAAAGAUGUUUUACUUUAAUAAAAUUGCCGAAUAUGAUCGUCUUAUGCCUGUUGAUAUUUAUAAGGAAAUUUUUAUCUCUACUGCAAUUAUUACUCUACUGCAAUAUGAUCGUCUUAUGCCUGUUGAUAUUUAUAAGGAAAUUUUUAUCUCUACUGCAAUUAUUACGUAUUCGCAGUGUUCGGCACAAAAGCGAUAAUCCGCUAUUCGCUAGUUAGUCCGCUAACUUUUUGUUAGCGGUUUAACUUUGCCGCUAAGUUUGGAUUGAUUUAGCGAAUUGGAAAGUUCCGCUAUUUUUUGGUUCCGCUAAUUGAAGAUCGCUAACUUCCAUAUAUUUGUAUCAAUCUCUCGAAUUUUUAGUGAUAGAAUAAUCUUUUUUUUAUUAAUCACUAGCUGAUUUUACCCGGCUAUGCUCAGGUUCAUAUAGAACAUAAAUAAAAAUGAGUCGUUUUACUUUAAGAAUUUUUAUAUUAAACUAUAUCAUUAUAAGCAAUUUUGCGCAUCUUUGGUUAUUGUUCAGUUUUUUAUUGGGAUUAUUCACUGUGUUUAUCGUUUUCAUUUUAUGGAAAAAUUUAAAGGUAUGAGCUUUAAAUUUAAAGACAUACAAAAUAAUUUCCCUUGAAAGCUUAUUCAUCACGAUAAACAUUUUUUUUCAUCCACCAUCUUUUAGGAAGUUCGAAAAGAUUUGGACUUUUAUUUGUUAUCUUCAAAUGAUCAAAUUGUUUUGAUAUCUUUCCCAUCCUGCCUCAAAUAAAAAUCUCUUUUGGAUAUCAUUCCACUUUUCAAGACGGAUGAUCUCCCUGUACAAUGGUAUAUUAGACUUUUAUCUACUUUGAAAUUUCUAAACAAACAUCUGAGUCUGUAAACCAUGUUGAAGACUCACAUUGCAUGUUUUAAACUAUUUGUGUACAUUUUUUUGCUUUUUAAUUUCACACUGUUUUAUGAUUACUUGGUCUUUAAUGUGAUAGUUCCACAUUUAGUUUUUUGAAGUUUUUGAUAACAAACCACCUCUGAGCCGAAGCUACCAUUCUAAUUUUAUAUGUGAUUUACAUUUCAAUGUUACUAUUCUUGGACAUUCAUCCCAUUAAUGCUUGUGAAGUGUGAUCAACUUUAAAGUUUUUAAAGUUUCAGUUUCAUUACUAAACGGUUCUACUAUAAGUUUUAUCUAAAUUGGAUGGUUGAAUUGAACAAAUUGACUCAAAAGUUAUAAAUUGGCCAAAGGAUUAGAACUGCAUAAAACUGAAAACCUCAGAUUUAAUUACUUGAAAGUAUCAUGUAAUGGAUUUGUUUCAAUACACGGUAAAUUUUCUAAUCCCCCGUUAAAAUUCCCCGACGGCUAUUAAGGCGUUGAAAUCGAGGCCUUCAACUUAUAACUCUGAAUCUUAUUAUUUUUUUCUUUCUCUGUGAGAGAUUCUAAAAAUUCGACAAUAGUUGGUUCAUAAAAGCUGGAAUUGAUGAAAAUCGGUUCAUUCAGCUGAAGAAGUCAAUUCACUGUUCAUUGUUCAGUUCACUGUAUAUUUAUGUAGACUCUCAAAGCACCACAGCGGAGGUAGGAAGCACUUUGAAAAUCACUACAAUUCUGUUCAUUAUAUUUCUAACAGGCUAGUUGUAUUUUUCAAUCCAAAAUGUAGGCUCAUUAUUGCAAUCAAAUAUCUCCUACCAGUACCACGUGCUUAGAACAGAAGAAGGAAUAAAAAUACCCGCCAAAAUUCCGCCUUUCAAAUUUUCAAUGAUCAGCAAGCUUUGAUUUGCUUUCCAGUAUACGUGAACUUUGAAUGGUGGUUGCUAAUGGUCGGCCCGUAAUGAUGGUGAAAAAAAAACCCCGCCAAAGGAAACGAAAAUCGGCUGCCAAAAUGGGUGCCAUGACUUUUGGUUCGUGGGAAUAAAAUAGAACGUUGUAUGGCAGGGUCCCUUUUCUUAGAUGGGAGGGGCUCAGAACUAUUACUAAAACCUUACCCUGGUUCAACUACAUCUCUGUACCAAAUUUCAGGCUGAUCGGUUCAGCGGUGUGGAUUUGUAUAAGGUGCAUACAAACAAACAAACAUAUAUAGUCCAACUCAUCUUUAUAUAUUAGAUGUCAAAGUAACAUUAUUGUGCAUCAUUCUGAUUGCUUUAUUGGAUUCAUUGAAGGAAUGCGUACUAUUUAGAGUUAGAGAAAAUCAAAUUAAUUUCAUUAAUCAUGACAAAGUAACAUUGUGCAUCAUUCUGAUUGCUUAAUUGGAUUCAUUGGAGGAAUGCGUACUAUUUAGAGUUAGAGAAAAGAUGCCUUUAGUAUCAUUUUUCUCUCUUUAAGCACUUUUUUUAGCAACUUUUACAGAAGAAGAUAACAAUAAAAGGUGUUUUUUUUAUAAUUUCUUUAUUUGAAACGGCUCAUACCUUUAGGCUUUAAGGAGCCAAAUUCGUUUUGUAUUUUUACAAAUAAAAGGUGUUAAACAAUUUAGAACUAUUCUCAACAUCUCUUCAUCAGCAUUUGCUUUCAAGUGGUUGAGCUAUUUAUUUUUGACAAUACAGUUUUUUAGAGAUUUUUCAGAUCAGUUAAUAUAAAAAUAAGAUAAAAUCACUACUGUAGCCUUCGUUUUAAGUUCAAAUAGAAAUUGUAUAAAUGUUCACGUUUAACAAUGCUCCUGCAAAUUUGAAAAGGGGAAAACAGGUUAAAGAUUUUAAAUGAAGAUUAUGUACAAUAAUGCCAAAACAAGAAUAUUGCAAAAUUGCAGUGCAAUUCAACAGAUUAUUUGCAACAAAAUGGCAUACUAUCUACUUUGCACAAAACCGAUAAAUCGAGUAAAUUUUGAACCAAAAUUUAAACUAAAAAAAAGAAAGAUAUAGCUCCCAUUUUCCAUAUUCUGUUCUUUUGUUCUUUCUUUAAUUGUUCGAAAAUCGCUUGUUUUAUUUUAUAAAACACAAAGACUUGCUAAAACUCCUAUCUUUGACAGUUUUGGUUUUGCUCAUAUAAUUUUAUGAAAACUCUAUCAAUUUAUCGAAUUUUAAAUUAAAUACUUGAAACUUCAUCAAUUCCCUCUUUGGGGGUUGGAAAAUCGGAAAGGGAAGUGCGUAUCUAAAAAAAAGACAUAUGUUCCGGCCUUAAUAUUGAUAAAUAAACUGUAAGCGAUUAGCGAUUAGCGCUUUAAGCUUAAAGCGAUAGCUUUUUUCGCACAUUUAGCGUAUUUAAUUAGCGAUCGCUAACUUUGUAUGAGUUAGCGAUUUAAUUAGCGGCGCUAGUUUUUCAGUUAGCGAUGCCGAACACUGCCUAUUCGAGAACUUUUAUUAUGAUGUAGUAUCCCAUCAUAUAUAUGAUGUUUGGUAAUGCUAUGAGAAAUAAAUCCAAUAAAAAUAAUGUUUAAAUCCUAAAUUGUGUUGUGAAUUCAAAGAAAUGGAAAGCAAUUUACUAUACAAUGACAAACUUGAUGCUACUAACUUGCAACAAAUUUAGACGCCAUAUUGAGGUACAGAUAUCAGAAAUAACCGUUUUCGAACAUUACUUAAUUAUUAAUUCUGCACAACAAAUGACCAGCUAGCCAAAUAAAUGUGAGUUUAAAAUUGCUUGUAAAAAUG